UCUUAAAUAUAUUGGCACGUGAAUACUUGGAAUAAGUUUAAUAAUUUGCGAAUUUUCUUUGCAUUAUACAAACCUUGUAUAAAUAUAAACCUUGACAAUCCAAAUUUGUAUACAUGUUCCAGUAAUCUGCUUAAUUAAUUAAUUUUCAUUACUAAGUGUUUCAAUAGAAAUUGUGUUGCACCAUGGCACAUCAACAACAAUCGCGAGCCGGGCACAUUGUGGAUGCCGAAUACUUGAAACAAAUUGAAGGGGCUCGUAAAGACCUUCAUCAUCUUCUUCAGAACAACAAGAAAUUUGCUCCCAUUGUUCUUCGAUUAGCAUUCCAUGAUGCAGGUACUUAUGAUGCCAAAACAAAAACCGGAGGCGUAAAUGGUUCGAUUAGGAAUGAACUGAACAACCCUCCCAACGGCGGUAUUAAGAAUGGAAUUGAUUUCUGCGAACAAGUGAAGGUUAAGCACCCCAAGGUCACAUAUGCUGACCUUUACCAGCUUGCUGGUGUUGUUGCUGUUGAAGUUACUGGAGGUCCUGUUAUUCCUUUUAUCCCUGGUCGACCAGAUGCUCUGGAUCAACAAGACCGCGGAGACCUUCCAAACCCUAAUGGAGGUUCCCAGCAUUUGAAGGAUAUAUUUUAUCGAAUGGGCUUGAACAAUAGGGAUAUUGUGGUUCUAUCUGGAGCUCACACUUUGGGUCGAGCACAUAAGGAUAUAUCGGGUUUUGAUGGUCCUUUCACCAAAGAUCCUUUGAAGUUUGACAAUUCCUAUUAUGUAAACUUGAGGAAGGGUGAAACUCCUGGACUGGUGCAAUUCCCUACAGACAAAGUUCUUGCUGAGGACCCUGAUUUCCGUAAAUAUGUUCAACUGUAUGCUAAGGAUGAAAAGGUCUUCUUUGCACACUACGCGGACUCACACAAGAAGAUGUCAGAGCUCGGGUUUCACCCAGGGCACCCAUGCUGCCACUCUAAGAAAGCCUGAAAGGUAGAAGAUGCAUGAAUGGAUGGCAGCCUAGACUGAUAUGUAGUGGAUGUUCCUGUAGGCUGUGAUCUAAUACUCUAUGUUGUUAUUUUGAAUUAAAUGUGGAAUCAUAAACUUUCCCUAGUAAUGUACUAGUAUUAUAUAUGUAAUAUUAAGGAGUGCUAAUAAUGGGGAAAAUUGUAUGUGCACGAGUUCACUUGCUCGAAACUGGUACAGUCCCCAGUCCCCUACCUCAUGUACUGAGAAAAACUCGGCUUGUUGCCAAGUUUUAUUGAUAUCAUGUUCUGUGAUCACUAGGUGACAUUUUAUGCCUUAGCAAUGAUUUUCUAUCUAUCUUUGGAUUA